UGUCUUACGCGUGCAUUUUAGCGAAGGCAUAAGGUCGACCGUCCGACGUGCGUCGAAGCUCUACUCUUUAAAAACCUUCGUCUGCGAAUGAAUUAUUUGGCUGGAUCAGCAGGGUUCGGCCCGGCUGUUUCUAUGUCCACGACACACCUGCGCGGACGGGGUAUCAGACGCCGGAGCGGCGGCAGCGAUCAACGGAGCCGCGACCAAGAUAUUAUACCCUUGUCGCCAAUGGGAGUCAUGCCAGGGCCAGAUUCACCGCCACCUUCAUACAGGGAGUCAGUGCUCAUCGCCAACCUCCAGGUUUCCUUCACUGCCAACAACGCGGCGCCUGCUGCGAGAAACGUUGGUGACAUCUGCCACAUGGAGCAAGACCUGUCCCCCGAACGUCAAGACAGGCAGGUGGAGGAUAGCGACGAACAGGAUUCCUGUGAGCACAUCGACUUGGACAAAUGGUCUCGGUGGCCCUUCGAACGGUGGGGCCAAUGGUACAUGUACGUGCUUAUGGUUAUCAUCGGUGUGUCCACACCCACCAUACCUAGGCUGGAGCUCUAGGUAUGGCAGCAAGCGUCACCAUCACCACUUUUAAAAUAUCCGACCCUAUAUCGACGGUUGCUG